AUGGCGGCUCCUGCUUCAAGGGGUUCGGGGGGUGGAGCCUGCACCCCCAAUGGCUCCCUAGAUUAUUGCCUGGCCCAGUUGCAGAGGGGGACCGAGCCCGGGCUGGGCAAGGCCUUGUUUGCCCUCCGGACCCAGCACAUCAAGGAGACGGGAGGCAUCGCCCGUUUCCGGAGCCACGGGGGGCUGGCGCCACUUUUGGGGAUCCUCUCCGGCUCCCCGCGACCGCGCCGCACUUUGGACCUGGCCCUCAGCAUCCUGGGCAACUGCUGCACCGAAGGGGGCAGCCGCACCCAGGUGCGCGAACUUGGGGGGAUCCCGCCGCUAGUUAUUAUCCUGAAGUCACUGGCUGUGGAAAGUAUCCUGAAUCGGACAGCACGAGCACUCGGCAACUUGGCUGUAGACUUAGAAAAUUGCCAGGCCAUCCAUGAAGCAGGAGCCGUGCCCCAGCUGAUCCAGGUCCUCACCACCUCCCAGGACAGCGAAUGUUUGCAGAGCGUGAUCAGGGCCAUCCGCUACCUGGCCGAUACUCCUGCUCAUCGUCUUUCGCUGGCCCAGCAGGGGGCAGUCCGCCCCAUAGCGGAGCGCUUGGUUUCCUCCCUGGAGGACGGGCCCUUGAUUGCAGCCGUGGUGCGCGCCCUGGUGGAGCUGACAAAGGGCUGCAGUCGUGACUGUGCGGAGCAGCUCAGCUUGGGAGGCGGGGUGGCGCCCCUCGUAACCUUAGCCGGCCACGAGAAACGGGUGGUGCAGGAAUCGGCCCUCGCGGUCCUCGCCAACCUCUGCCUUCAGGGCAUGCUGAGGCCAGCUAUAGGCAACGCUGGGGGGGUGGAGUUGCUAGUGGGGGAGAUCCAACGACGGAGGGGCGCCAGGGCGCCCGGGGCCUCCCUCCAUCCGCUGGUGAAAGCUUUGUGCCUCCUGUGCCGGGAGGCUGUGAAUCGGAGCCGGGUCCGUGAGACCGGAGGAUUAGAGUUACUGCUCUCCCUGUUGCGGGACCAGUGUCACAGCUAUUCGCACGCUCGGGUGGUGGUGGCUUUUGUGGCCUUUUUCUACGACGAGGAAGCCCUGGAGAUGCUGCAGGCCGGAGGACUGGUGCCCUUGCUGGUUGGCAGGCUGGCAGCCCAGGGCCAGUGGGCGGGCCGGGAACAAGCGGAGGAGGAGGAGGAAGAACAUGAAGACGAGAAAGAUGCAGCAUCGUUUGACUUCCCUGUUGAGGGGCGCCGAGGAGAGCAGGCCCUGCCAGGAGCAGAGAGUUCCAGCUUUCAGAGCCUAAGAUCCUGGCUUCUCUCGGAAGGUUAUAUUUCCAGUCCAGGAGAUCUUUCUCCUCAGUGGUCUCCUGACACCACCCUUUCCGAGCUGGAGGCCCAAGGAGAUAUGAGUCCCAGCCAAGAACUGCAAGAUGAAUCUCUAGGAACUUGCCACAGCACAUCUGGGAUGAAAACCCAUUCCAGAGCCGAAUCUCCCGAUUUUGAGUACAAGGCGCGUACCUCUUACUGGAAACGGCGUGCCAAGCUGCGCUCCUCCUCGGAGCAAAGCACACCGCCACCUCAGGGCUUGCGCCCGGCCCCCGAGGCUUCGUCUCCCUGGGUCUCCUUGACCUUGCCGCUCUCUUUCUCUCCCCACGUGGGCGACCCAGAGCUCCAUGCUCCCGAAGCGCCAGCCCUCCUGCUCCUCUCCCGUUUUUCUCAAGCUGAAGAUCCUAGUCGCAGUUUGGUGACGCCGGACACGCUGCGCGGACUGUUGCGUUACAUCACCGGGAGUCCUUCCCCUUCCUCUCGCUGCCUUCGGCUGCUGCAUCGUCUCACCUGCAACCCGGCUUGCCUGGAGCCCUUCGUGCGCUCCCAUGGGCCCUCGCUCAUCAGGGCUUGGUUGAUCCUGGGUGUAUCCCCUGAGCAAGCCACUACCACCAUCACUGGUGAAGCAGAAGAGUGGGAGACCAGCGGUUCAGAUGAUCCCAGGAGAUUCAAGGAACUUGGAGAGGCGCUCCUGAUGAACCUCUGCGUGCAGGCAGAGUCCCCCUUUGGCAUGGGGGUCCUCACCCACAUGCUGCUGUCGGGCUGCGAAUCGGACCAAGCGGCCUCUGCCCUGGCGCUGCCCCUCAUCUGCCGGAAGGAUUCUGCUUGUCGGAAGCUGCUGGUGGGCCUCUCUGGCCUGCGGAUCUUGCUGGGGGUCCUGGUGCGGGACCCUGACCCCUAUUUUGUCUUCUGUACCUCAGACGUUCUUUCUCUCCUCCUGAGCACCCCAACUCAGUCUCCUGCUCCUGUCUCGUCUCCCGCCUUGAAGCGGCCUCGCCUGGAUUCCCCGCGGCCUUGUCCUUACUCUCGCCUCGUGGAGGAGGAAGGUGCGGCCGACCUGUUCUUUCAGCUGGAUUCUGGCCGCAGAGUGCCAGCCGUGCGGCAGGCGGUCAGCGACGCUUCUGAGGUCUUCCGGGCCAUGCUGAGCAGAGGCUUCGCCGAGUCGUCCCACACCAGCGUGACCCUUCGCGACGUGUCGCCGGAACCUUUCCUGGCUGUUGCCCAUUUCCUCCACGGCUGUCGUGGCAAGCCCUGCCAGGUCUUGGGAACGCCGUUCCCCCUCGCUUUGGCAGAAGGGAUCUUGGUGGUUGCUGAACAGUAUCUCCUCCCUGACCUCCAGGCCUUGGUGGAUGAGGCAUUGUGCCAAGACACUCUCUGCCCCGGGACUCUUGGGGAAGUGUACCGGCUGGCUGAGCGGCAGAACCGGCCCCGUCUCCUUCAGAAGUGUGUGGCGUCCGUUUUCGUCCGGGAGGGGUCAACCCCCACCCGCCGAGCAGCUGCCCUGGCAGAGCUGCUCCGAUCUGCUGCAGAUCCCAGCGGUUUAGCUGCCAAGCUGCUCGGAGUGGUGCUGGAGUCUCCGUGGGGCAGUGGCUCGGAGGGCCAGCUAAGCUGA